CCAUACCUCCACUCCCCCUCAAAACGGACAACCGGGGAAAAAAACGAGCGAGCCCUCAUCUCUAGCUCUGGUUAACAUCAACUUAUGGCCAGAACAAGGCCCAACCUUCACCGCCAGGACCCUCUUGAGGAUUCAUCCGCUGGAGCCUCCGCCACUGCCGCCAGGUACAUACCAAGAUCUACUACUUCCCUUUCCAUCCGCAGUUUGUUUCGCCUUGUGACGCUUCAUAUCUUGUCUGUCUCGUUGUCGUGGCCCCGCAUGGUCUACGACCUUGUGGUUUGUUAGGAAGCCCGAAGUCGAGCUUCGCAUCCCACUCCUCUUUCUACUAUUUUCCCUGUUACGCCGAGCCCAUCGGUUACUGUGUGGAAAGGCUAUCGUUCAUUUC